CCGCGGGGCAGCGGUGGGCAGUGCGCGCUUUGCUCGGAGCUGCGGAGCACCAUGAGCGAGUCCGGCCGUCGGGGCAGCGAUCACAGAAGUUACGCGGGCUGCAAGCGGUCCCGAAAUGGAGACAACAAAGUGACAGUGGCUCUCGGUGCUCAGUGGGGUGACGAAGGGAAGGGCAAGGUCGUCGACCUGCUGGCGACCGAUGCUGACAUUGUGUGCCGGUGUCAGGGUGGGAACAAUGCUGGCCACACUGUUGUGGUGGAUGGAAAAGAAUAUAAGUUCCACCUUUUCCCAAGUGGCAUUAUUAACCCAAAAGCUAUUUCUUUUUUAGGGAACGGUGUUGUAAUACAUCUGCCUGGAUUGUUUGAAGAAGCUGAGAAAAAACGAAAAGAAAGGUAUUUUGGCUUAAAAGACUGGGAGAAGAGACUGAUUAUUUCAGACAGAGCACAUUUAGUGUUUGAUUUUCAUCAAGCAGUUGAUGGGCUCCAAGAAAUCCAACGACAAGAACAAGAGGGGAAAAAUAUUGGCACAACAAAAAAAGGCAUAGGACCAACAUAUUCUUCAAAAGCAGCACGAACUGGUCUCCGUGUCUGUGACCUUUUGGCUGACUUCAGUGACUUCAGUGCCAGAUUUAAACUUCUGGCGCAACAAUAUCAGUCCAUGUUCCCAACUCUGAAAAUCGACAUUGAAGGACAGCUUAAAAAGUUAAAGGAAUAUGCUGAACGUAUCAGGCCAAUGGUACGAGAUGGUGUUUACUUUAUGUAUGAAGCUCUUCAUGGUCCAGCAAAAAAAAUUCUUGUGGAAGGUGCCAAUGCAGCAUUAUUAGAUAUAGAUUUUGGAACGUACCCAUUUGUGACAUCCUCAAACUGCACUGCUGGAAGUGUGUGCACAGGACUGGGAAUUCCUCCAUCGAACAUUGGAGCAGUGUAUGGUGUCUUCAAAGCCUAUACCACUAGAGUGGGAAUUGGAGCAUUCCCAACUGAACAAAUAAAUGAAAUUGGUGAACUGCUACAAUCGCGAGGCAAUGAAGUGGGUGUAACGACAGGAAGGAAGAGGCGCUGUGGCUGGUUAGAUCUAGUUAUACUGAAAUAUGCUCAUAUGAUCAAUGGAUUCACUGCCUUGGCACUAAUGAAGCUGGAUAUCCUGGAGACGUUUGAUGAGAUUAAAAUUGGUUUAGCUUACAAACUGAAUGGAAAGAGAAUCCCAUACUUUCCAGCAAACCAGGAAAUUCUGAAUCAAGUAGAGGUUGAAUAUGAAACACUUCCAGGCUGGAAGAGCAGCAUUACCAGUGCUCGGACGUGGGAUGAUCUUCCUCCGAAGGCUCAAAAUUAUAUCAGAUUCAUUGAAAAUCAUGUGGCUGUCCCAAUUAAAUGGAUUGGUGUUGGAAAAUCAAGAGAGUCUGUGAUCCAGCUUUUCUAAAUACAUAACUGGACAAGAUUGGAUAAUUUGAACAAGCAACCAUUUUACUUAAGGGGAUAGAACUGACUGCUUUCCUAUUUAAAUUCAAUUCUGAUGGUUUUAUGGUUAAAAUAUUCCUGAUAUUGUGUAAAAUAUAAUUAUUUCACAAUUUCAGUUGUGUAUAUAUAAACAGUAAUGUAAGUCAUUUUUAACUGCAGAGAGAAAAUACCUAAAAUACUAUUAUUACUGUUCAUGUUCAUAUUAAAACAAAGUUUGGCAUUGAACACCUGAAUGCAAUUUCUUUUAAGUGCUGAAUGAGAGACAUGUAAUACUCAAGAUUAAAUACACUUGGAGUAAUAUCAUUAAAACCAGUCCAUAAUUUAUGCUUUUAGUAGAGUUUCUUCUUAAAUCAUACAUUUGCAUCUACUUUUUAAUUUAGUGAACUAACAUGGUAUAAAAAAAAAUGCAUGAUUUGCAGUGUUGGACUUGGGUCCUGUUUGUAGUCUUUGCCAUGAUUUAUACAGAAAAUCCUCAUGCUAUCAGUCAUCUCUCUUGUGGGAUGAAAAUUCUGCACCACAGCUCAUUGCUUUUUUUUAAAUCGCCUAUAGAAUGGCUCUUUUUAUAGUAUAACAUAAUGAAAAGAAAAUGUUUUAAUAUAUUUAAUAAUGGCUUCAGAAUUACUUGGCAAUAGGUAAACAUUAUUCAAAUCAAAAUGUAAAAUAUUUACCUGCUGAAAAAUUACAGUCUAUAGGUUUAAGUUGAUCUAUUUAUUAGACACUGAAAGUAGACAAAAACAUUGUUUGAUAUUUGUCUUUUUCAAAAUAUUUUUUGGGCUGUUGAUCUUUCUGAAAUACAGAGAUGGUGCUCUUAUUUCCAAGUGCCCUGUAAGAUAUAUUAAGCAAAGGCAGUAAUGCAUGACUUGAGAUUAUGUAACAACUUGAUGAAUCAAGUUUCACUUGUCUGUUAGUUCUAACUUACGUCAGGGUUAAUGUUGUAGGAUGAAUCAUAUUCUGUCUUCCAGCGAUAAGUAUCAGGUUCCCCAUAUAUAUCUUUGGGGAUUCUUUUGGGUGUCUCACUUGAUAGUUGCAAAUUACUGUAAGGGCUGACUUUACAAGUUAAUUCUUCAAUUUUUCUUGCAUAAUCUUCACUGUAAUGUUUAUUAAACAACCAGUUAAUGAA